CGUUUCCCAACCUACCUCUAAACAAACCCAGUUACACUACAGUGCUAACACACUCUGUACUUAUUCCGGUUAUUCGUCCAUUAAUUUCAAUCACUCUAGCAGCUGAUACUGGAUCCUGGUCAUCUUCUCUAUCGACCAAUUUUGGCAUUUGUUUGACUCGCAUUCUGCUCCGAUCUACACAUGUCCUCACCAAAUGCAGCAGAGUCAACAAGCGGAGUAGGGCUCGGUUACGGCAUAGCAAUAACAGUUGGUAUACUAGUCCUGAUUUCAACGAUUAUGCUCGCUUCAUAUGUCUGUGUCAGGGUCAAAGCCGCGGGCGGAGGCGGUGCUGGCCAACGCCAAAUCACAACGGGAGUUUUACCGGAACCGAUGAUGUUAUUAGGCCUAGAUGGGUCCACAAUAGACUCGUAUCCAAAGUUGAUCGUAGGAGAGAGCAGAAGAUUGCCAGAACCUAACAACGGUCCAUGCCCCAUUUGUUUGACGGAUUACAAACCGAACGAUACAAUUCGAUGUAUGCCAGAUUGUAACCAUUGUUUCCACCCUGAUUGCGUUGACGAAUGGCUUCGGAUGAGUCCAACUUGUCCGCUGUGCCGUAAUUCUCCGGCUCCAUCACAAACCACCACUCCUUCCGCCACACCUCUGUCGGAGUUGGUGCCGCUUGCUCGUCAUCCGAGAUUUUAGUUAAGACUCAUGGGAGAGAGGAGUACUGGAGUAGUAUACAAAUAUGAAUGGCUUACUUAAAGUUCAGCAUCUUGUUGUUAGUGAUAGUAGUAGGUUUUGUUAUCUCUUAUAUUUUAUUUGUUUUUUCAAUGCAA